UCACCGAUUAAAACCCAGUUCACGAACAACGUGGGUCGACUGCAUACCAGUAUCACCACCCUAGUUCGAAGGAUAUUCAUUACAACAUCGCGUGUGUUAUAAUGAGUAAUCCUUAUAUCCGGAACAAAAUUAUAUUAUACAUCCGGCGCUAGAUUUUUGCAGUACCCUGUCGACAGUCAGAAUAACAACUGUUUAUAUAGCGCCGAUAUUUUUUUAAUAAAAUGUCUCCUGACGAUGACGCUGCACCAAUCAUUCACGCGGAUGAGAUUGAUGCCAACGGAUCGGCUUUUGAUCGUGACCCUUUGAUCCCUCCAGGUGAUGGCGUCACUGGAGAGGUUCUUGGUGAUGCCACGGAAGAUCAUCCGGUAGAAAAGGAGCAUGGUUUGACAGUUGGUCGAACCGCUUUCUUUCUUGUUGGAGAGGUAGCAGGGGUGGGAAUCCUCGCAAUGCCCAAAGCUCUCCAUGACACCGGUGGAUGGUCGGGAUUACUUGUUGUGAUAUUCUGCGGACUCUGUAGCGGGUAUACCGGAACGGUUCUUGGUCGCUGCUGGACGAUGCUACAAGAUCAUUAUCCUGAGUACAGAGGCGGCUGCCGUUACCCGUACCAAGCUAUUGGAAUUCAUGCUGGCGGUCGAGCGGGAAGGAUUGCCGUGUCUAUUUGUAUGAACAUAACGCUGUUCGGAGCAGGAACUGUUUUCUUGCUUUUGGCGGCGGAAAAUAUGAAGACACUAUUUUGCAACCUUGGAGGAAUUGCUAUAAGCCAGUGUUACUGGAUACUUAUUGUCGCGGCGGUAUUGUGUCCCAUUUUAUGGCUUGGAACUCCGAAAGAUUUUUGGCCAUUGGCUAUGGGAGCUGCACUUGCAACGGCCAUUGCUGUAGUUUUAAUAAUUAUUCAAGCGGGGUUGGAUUUUACACCGGGAGUUAAAUACGGCACAUCUUCUUUUUCGGUUUUCUUUUUGGCUUUUGGUACUAUGGCAUUCGCCUUCGGAGGACAUCCAACGUUCCCUACAAUUCAAGAUGACAUGAAGGAUGGAAAGAAAUUCGGACGAGCGGCUUUUUUUGCAUACGCAAUGAUACUAAUCUUAUAUCUUCCGAUGAUUACUGUCGGAUUUGCUGUUUAUGGCGAGGGUCUGAAGUCCAACAUUUUAAAAAGUAUAACUCCGGGCGGUCUACAAUAUGCAUCUUUAAUUUUGGUGACGAUGCAUUUGCUAUUUGCAUCUAAUAUCGUUUGGAAUGCAGUAUUUCAAGAAACCGAAGAAAUUUUAAAAGUACCCAAAACAUUCGGGUGGAAACGAGCCGCAACCCGCACAGUUUUGCUGCUUAUAUCAGUAUUCAUUGCCGAAACUAUCCCAACAUUCGGUGUUUUACUGGAUUUGCUGGGCGCCUCCACCAUUGGCAUGCUUUCGUUUGUCUUCCCUGGGUUAUUCUACAUUAUUCUCAACCGCAAAUUCAAAGCCGAAGCAGAAAUACUGGGCCCCGCCAGCAAUUAUCCCGCUUCGUCCUUCGAUAUUCCAUUAUGGGAGAAAACACUAAUCAUUGAGAUUAUGCUAGUCGGACUGUUUGCCGCUGGCACAGGCACAUAUGCCGGGAUUACGGAGAUGAUUCAACCGGAUUCCUUUUCGCGACCGUGUUUCCUCCCGGGUGCAGCUAACAAUACCUGCGCUAAUUAAAGAGAUCUUUGAUCUUCUUAAGCAUGCCAAUGCCUGUGAUAAUUCAAUCUGAUUUUUUUAUGCCUUUGAGAUUUACCCGUAUAAAAAACUGAUUCUGUCAACACAGCCAAGACAUUCUGUCAUUAAACCAAAGCUUGAACAAGAAAAAUCAAUAAUAAAGUACGGAUCGCGUCGA